AUGACAAAGUCACAGCCAUUAAGGGUCGUCAUUGUCGGCGCUGGCUUUGCCGGUCUCACGGCUGCUAUUGCGCUGGGGAGGGAGGGGCAUCGGGUUGUGGUGCUGGAAAAGUCCCGCUUCAAUAAAGAAACCGGGGCUGCGAUUAAUUCGGCGCCGAAUUGUACCAAGAUGCUAGAGUGGCUUGGUGUCAACGUGAAGGAGCAUGGUGGGACUUUGCUGGGAGAGAUGUGUCGAUAUGACCAUGAAGGGGAAUGGAAGUACUCCCAGGAAUUUGGCCCUGUUCGGCAGUCAUGGCAGGCUGAAUACUACUUUAUACACAGAGCCGAUCUACAUACCGCCCUGAAGCAGCAAGCCCAGAAGGUAGCGACAAUCCAUACCGGGUGCAGAAUUGUCAGCGUCGGCGUGUCCAGCGAUAACCCCUCUGUCGUGCUCGAUGACGGGCGGGUCUUUGCGGCUGAUUUAUUGAUCGGUGCUGACGGUCUUCAUUCCGUCGUGCGCAAGCAAAUCGCACCCAGCUCGUCGCAGCCCUAUCCUACAGACAAAGCCUGCUUCCGGUGGCUUCUCCCAACAAACGAGAUUCGAACCCUUGACGUGACCAAGAAUAUUAUCCAGCCCGGGCGAUUCAUAGAGUGGACCUCAGGAACAACAAGGCUGGUGGUGUAUCCUUGUUCAAACAAUGAGGUUCUCAACCUGUGUGCCUUUAUACCUACGGCGCAGGUUGAGGCUGCAGGAAACGCAAGCAGUAGAGAAAUCGUGAUGAGAGAGUUUGACGAGUAUUGUCCUACCGUCCAGAAGCUCGUCGAAAGCACCGACGAAGGCUUGAAGGCCUGGCAGUUAUACGACAUGGACCCUCUACCACGCUGGGUCUCUCGACGCGCUGCUUUGAUCGGGGAUGCAGCUCACCCAUUCCAACCAUUCCUCGGCCAAGGAGGCGCAAUGGCGAUCGAGGACGGCGUUUCACUGGCAACUUUCUUGCCCCUGGGCACGGCCCCGAGCGAGAUACCAGGUCGUCUAGAAUUGCAUGAGAAAGCGCGUCGCCCGAGGGUCGAGAUGGCGCUGAAGUACACUCGGAUGAACGCGGGAGAUGAGGAUGGCUCAUCGGAGCGUCGUAUCACUGCAGCGGAGAUGAUAGGAUUUAUGGGGGCUCUUUUCUCGCAUGAUGAAUUGGUGCAUUCAGAAACUAUUCUGCAGGAAAGCCUGGUUGGUAGUGGUUCCAAUACUUAA